AUGCGGAAAAACAAGCCUGAUCAACCUAGCCUCAUGGCAUCUAGCACCCCAUCAGUUAUCCUCAAUCGCGGCUGGGACAUACAGCAGCUUCCCAAAAUUGAAGUCGAGCUUGAUGAGAUCAAAGACGUCUUCGCUUGUUCUCCACUACAAGAAGGCAUACUCAUGAGUUCGUCUUCCUACGCAGUAUAUUGGGUCUGGAAAUGUGUGUCAUACAAUGGGGAGAAGAUUGAUACAAACCGACUCGAGGCCGCGUGGAAGACAGCUGCAAGCCAACACGAAAUAUUCUCAACGGUCUUCGGUCCCCAUCCGGAUGGAAAGAACUUCUGUCAAAUUGUUCUGAACACAUCGGAUGUCCCAGUCUCUCAAGUUACAGCCUCAUUUUGCCCCGAAGAAACCCUCUGUAAGCUUGAACGACCAGGUUUCACAGCCCACAAGCCGAAGCACCUUUUUACCAUCUGUCAGUCCAGCACGGGUGAAGUUGCCUGCCGGCUGGAUAUUUGCCACACCCUCUGUGAUGCGUAUUCUCUGUCCAUCCUGCUACGGGAUGUGGUAGAUGUCUACCAUGGCCGACUACAGUCAACUCCUCCACCCUUUCGCGAGGUUGUAAGGUACAUUGAGAACAGGAAAGAUGCUGAGAUCCUCAACUUAUGGACUGACUUCCUCUCUGGAACAAAGGGGUGCAAGUUCCCAAUACAGUAUCCAUUGUCCGAAUGUGUUCAGCAAGUUGAUAUCCAUCACACAAUUGCCCUUUCGGCAGAUUCACUGGCAGAUAUUACUGGAUUCUGCAAGCGAGCUGGCAUAACACGCUCAGUGUUUGUUCAUAUUGCAUGGGCAUUGGUUCUCUCCCAUUACUCUGGAAUGGAUGAUGUGUGCUUCGGGUACAUGUCGUCCGGAAGAGAUAUCCCAGUUGAGGGAAGCAACAGAAUCUUUGGACCAUUAGCGAACAUGUUGAUCAGUCGCAUAAAUCUUCAGGCUUCUCUUUGUUCUCUCAUUGGUUCAACAAAAGACAUGUUGAAAGCGCAAAGAAACCACCAGCAAAUCUCCUUGGCAGAAAUACAGCAUGCUUUAGGUGUAUCUGGUGGACUUUUCAACACCAUGGUAUCGUUGCUCAGGACCAAUCCAUUUGGAGAGGGUGAUGGACAAACAUUCGCUUUUGAACAAUAUCAUAUGGUCAGCCCACAUGAGUUUGAUCUGCUUCUUGAGGGUUACUUGAACCCCGAUAGCUUGGAUCUCAAGCUGUACUAUAACAAGUAUUCUAUUAGUCAUGAGGUGGCGCAAGAAGUUUGCACCUUACUUUCGUCGGUCACUCAGUAUCUUACUUCUUCAGAGACCGCACUUCAGCCAGAGAGUCUGUCUGAUAGCUUUAACAAUGAGCGAAACGUUGUUGCGCAAGAAAGGCCCAAGUCUCUCUACGAUGAUUUCUUCGUGUCAACCUUUGGUACCUCAAAGAGCUCGACAGUGGAGUUUUGGAAAGCACAGCUCUCCAGUAUACAAAAGAACAGCCUCCUUGUUUCUACGAGUCCAGCAUCUGUUGGUAUUCUGAAAGACGUUCACUUGAUGCUUGGAGCAAUCAAGUGGAAUCGUGAUUUUUUACCCGAGAUAGUCAUCAGAGCAGCGUGGUCGAUUCUGCUAGCCAGGCUUGGCGAGUCUGACGAGACACUGUUCGGUGUGAAUAUGGAUAGGCAACAAGUGGUAGUGCCAGGAGGCAAGUCGGUCACUACACAUAUAACUUCAAAGAUGCCAGUCCGGGCCGUCCUAGAUUUCAAUUCCAGUGUUAGUCACUUCCUUCAGAGCCUUCAGAGCCAGGCAGAGGAUAUUGCGUUACAUGAAGGACCUGGCCUGCAUUGGAUCCGCCAAAUCGGUACAGAUGCAGCUGCUGCAUCCGAGCUCUAUUCUCUCCUUGUUUUUAGAUCUGCCAAAGAGCAGAUUGAAGGGGCCACUAUGAUUGAGAAAGAAUUGUCAGGGCAAACGUUGGGCAAUCAUUCUCUUGUCACAGAGUGCCAAAUCACCGAUCAGGGGCUUCGUCUCUGUAUCACGUUUGCCUCAGAAAUCUUUUCCCAGUCAAGGAUUCAACGCAUUAUCUCCCAAUUCGGAGAGAUCAUUCGUCAAUUGUCCAGGUCAGAAUCCGACACUGUGAAGCUCCAGGAUCUUGACAUCAUGACAAAUCGGGACCUAGAAGAUGUCUGGAUAUGGAACUCAGAUGUCUGCGAAGCAGAAAACGUCCCUGUACAAGAGCUUUUUCGCUUCAAAGUCUUGGAGCACCCCAAAGCGCUCGCUAUUGAAGCCUGGGAUGGCACUUGGACAUACGGUCAGCUCGAUGAACAAUCUACCAGAUUGGCCCAUCGACUACUUGAUCAGGGUAUAGGCCCCGGAUCAACGGUACCUUUAUGCUUCGAGAAGUCUAUUUGGAUGUCUGUUGCGAUGCUUGGAGUCAUGAAGACUGGGGCAGCCGCCGUUGGGCUGGAUCCGAAACAACCAGAGGAACGACUUCGAACGGUCGUCGACCAAACCAAGGCGCGAUUAAUCCUUUCAUCGAUCACAAAGAGAGAUCUGGCGCACCGCAUCGGUCGGUGUAAGGUCUUGUCCAUUGGAACUGAGUUCCUCAACACGCCUUUCUCUGAAGAACAAUCGCGAUUACCAGUGGUGGAUCCACAGAACGUGCUUUACAUUGUAUUUACCUCGGGAAGCACUGGUACUCCCAAGGGCGUGCAGAUCACUCAUAAGAGCUACAGUAGUGCAGUAACCUGUCAGCAUGAGGCAUUUGGGUUCAACAGUAACUCUCGUGUCCUUGAUUUUUCGUCAUAUGCGUUCGAUGCAGCUUGGUUCAAUCUUCUCCAUACGAUUACGAGCGGGGCCACUCUUUGUGUCCCGUCGGAUGAGCAACUCCAGAACACACUGUUUGAGUGCUUUGAAAUGUAUCGCAUUACACUCACCUUCCUCACUCCGUCUAUUGCACGUCAUAUUGACCAUCAAGCCCUUGCACGGCUGGAUUCGCUUCUUCUUGGUGGUGAAGAGGUUUUGCCGAAGGACGUUGUUUCUCUGGCUGGCACAAAUUGCCAGGUAAAGAUCAUGUAUGGUCCGUCAGAGUGCACACCAAUGACAACGUGUCAUAAUAUUGACGCCAGUGGACGAAUCUCCAUUGGCCGAGGAGUUGGUGUCUGUACGUGGAUUGUGGAUCCGGCGAAUUUUCAGUCACUCACACCUGUUGGUAUGGUCGGCGAACUCUGUCUUGAAGGACCUCUUGUCGGUAAUGGGUAUCUUAAUGACCCGGAAAGAACUGCAGCAUCAUUUGUGGAGGAUCCAAUCUGGCUCUUACAAGGGGGACCGGGGCACCGGCACCGCGGCCGACAUGGACGCCUAUACCGCACGGGCGACCUGGUGCGAUACAACGAGGAUGGCACCAUUGUUUAUGUUCGCCGUAAAGACACGCAGGUGAAAAUUCGGGGGCAACGGGUGGAGCUAGGCGAAGUGGAGGAACACGUUCAAAAGGCACUCCUGGCGACAAACUCGGAGCGAAAACCCCUGCAAGUAUAUGCGGAAACCAUUCAACCAGUAGACAUGGAAACCGUGGUGCUCGUUGUUUUCCUCAAAAUGAAUAUAUCAAAGGAUCAAACAGACGAGGAACACGCUUGUUCAGUCCGGAUAGCCUGCAAAGGACUUGGCGAUAUCCUGGCUCAGAAGCUGCCGGUAUACAUGGUGCCAGCAGCUUUUAUUCCGGUUCCAUCCAUCCCAAUGACUAUUACUGGUAAGAUUGAUCGCAUCGCCCUUCGCAAGAUUGGCAUUGCUUCAUGGCUAGAUUACCGCGCCGCUUCAGAGGAAAAUGAAGCAGUCGCUGCAUCAACGGAAAUGGAAAAGAUAUUGCAGGAGGUAUGGGUCUCCGUCCUGAAGCUACCGACAAAGGCUGUUAGUAUUGACAAGGCCUUCACGAAACUUGGAGGCGAUUCCAUUACAGCCAUGCAGGUUGUCUCAAAAUGCCGGGCACAACAGAUUUCCGUCAGCAUGAGUGAUGUUUUACAGGCUGGAACCAUUCAAAAGCUGGCACCGCGUUGCACAAAAUUGAUAACCACUGGCCGGUCGGCCAGCUCAGCCAGUCAAGACUUGGACACAAGCGUGCCUUUCCUUCUGUCACCGAUACAGAUGAAGUAUCUCAAUCUCUUUCCAAAUGGUCUCAAUCAUUUCAAUCAAAGUUUUCUUCUUGAGAUGACUCAGGACCUUCCAGCUACGGUUCUCUACAAUGCACUACGGGCAGUUGUCAAUCGCCAUGGGAUGCUCCGGGCUCGCUUCCAUCAAGACAGGUCCGGUGUUUGGACACAGUUUGUCGCUGAAGUGAAUGAUCAUAAUCAUCAAUUUGCGUUCGAUGAACAUAAUGUGACCAGGAGGUCUGAUGUACUGGAAAUUGCACAAGCUCGACAAGGUACGCUAGACAUCUCAGUCGGGCCUGUUUUUGCUGGUGAUCAUUUCAAUAUUGAAAAUGAAAAGCAAAUGCUAGUGCUCUCUGCGCAUCAUCUGGUUGUGGAUCUUGUUUCUUGGCGAAUAAUAUGGAGCGAUAUCGAAGAACAUGUCAAGUUUGGCCAGCUUGGUUCACAAAGCAGCCCUUCAUUUAGCGCAUGGUGCCACGGACAGAGUGAUAUGGCUCGCAAAUUGCGUCCUGAUGAGGUCCUACCUUUUCAAGUUCCGAAGGCCGACUUCGAAUUCUGGGACUUCGAUCCAACUGAAAAUACUCGUACCAAUUCCGAGGAUCGUUCCUUCAGCCUGGAUAGUGAUAUCACCGGUCUUCUUAUGGGUCAAUCCAAUGAUGCCUUACGAACGGAGCCGUUGGACAUUAUCCUUGGUGUAUUUGGGUAUUCGUUCCGACAGGCCUUUCCUGAGCGCUCUGUGCCCGCGCUUUUCCUGGAAGGACAUGGUCGAGAACAAUCUGAUAAUCUCUUACUUGAUGUUUCAGGAACUGUCGGAUGGUUCACGACUGUGCAUCCCCUUCCUCUCAAUCUCACGUCUGAGAGUACCAUCAUUCAUGCUGUGCGAUCUGCAAAAGACAUGAGACGCCAAGUUCCAUCAAAGGGACAGCCUUACUUUGCAUCACGCUUUUACAGUGAAGAAUGCAAGGAAGAAUUCCAAGAUCACGAUAAUAUCGAGCUCUUGGUCAACUUUGCAGGCCGAUACCAACAGCUGGAAAGUACCGACGGAUUGUUCAACCUUGCGAAAUCAUUUGAGAACAAUCGUUCUUUGGAAGUUGUUUCUCAGACAUCAACACGACUAGCCCUUAUCGAGGCAAACAUGGCGAUCCAAGAUGGAAAGUUCGCUGUGACAUUUACAUUCCAUAAAGGACUGAAGCAUCAGGAAAGAUUGAGACGGUGGUUUGAUAGCUUCAUUCCAACUUUGGAGACUGCUGUGGAUAGCCUCAUCAACGCACCUGUCGGCUUGACCCGAAGUGAUGUUCCCUUGAUGAAACUCUCAGAUCGAGGUCUAGAUGUGUUCUUGAAUCAGCACCUCCCAAGUCUUGGAAUCAAUGCAAGCGAUGUUGCCGAUUUGUACCCAGCCUUGCCAAUGCAGGAAGGCAUGUUGUUAAGUGCAAACGCAGGACUGAGCUCAUAUGCAACCUUUUGGAUCUGGACUUGUGUUCCCACCAAAAUAGGCGGCCAUAUCAUACCUUCGAGAUUGGAAUCAGCAUGGAGGAUGGUGGCCCAUCGGCAUGCGAUCCUGUCGACCAUUUUUGGAACUCACCCCGAGAGCACGGGUUUUGUUCAAAUUGUGCUUUCUGGUCCAAAAGUAAACACCUCGCACAUCACAAUACCCUCCGGUAGUCCGACUGAGGCCCUCUAUAGCCUUGAUAGCCCAAAGUUUCCACCCUCUGCACCUCACCACAUGUUCACAAUUUGUCAAUCGGGCGAAGAUAUUGCUUGCAGAUUAGAUAUCAAUCAUACCAUGCUCGAUGGCGCCUCUCUCUCGAUCUUGGUACAAGAUAUCGUCUCUGCUUAUGAUAAUGUGCCUCUCCAUUUGGUGGCGCAGUUCAAGGAAAGCGUCCGUCACAUAACCGAAAAGUCGAGAGAAGAAACGGUCUCCUUCUGGACAUCUUUUCUCGAGGGAGUCCAAGCAUGUGAGGUUCCAAGGAGCUAUUCGCCGCCUAAAGUCACGACAAAAGACACUUUUCGUUACAUCGCCAUCCCGAGUACAUCUAUCUCGAGAAUUUUUGAUUUCUGCAGAAGCAGAGAAAUAACUCGACCUAUCUUUCUUCAGGUUUGCUGGGCAAUGGUUCUGUUCUACCUUACAGGUAUGCAAGAUGUUUGUUUUGGCUAUCUAGCUUCUGGCCGAAACAUACCGGUAGAUGGCAUUGAGAAAAUUGCUGGUCCUCUGGCAAAUAUGCUCAUCAGCCGAGUGAAUCUGCAGAUGUCGCCGGCUGAAGUCCUCAGAAGAACAUCUUAUAACUCCAUCGAGCACCUUAGUUUUCAGCAUGUAUCCCUUGCAGAGGUCCAACAUAGGAUUGGAAUACGUGGGAGACCUCUUUUCAAUACCGCAUUGACUGUUCGAGAGGCAGACCGAUUUACUACCCGAGAUAAAAGAAGCAUGGAGAUGCAAUACCAGGAUCACCAGGAUCCACAUGAGUAUGAUCUCCUUUUGAGUGGCCAGCUUGAUGGCGAGAGAAUGAAAGUCGCUAUUCAGAUCAGAGAGUCAUCCGUAAGUCAGUCUUUGGCUGAAGAGGUUGCAUUGGUCUUUGUUCACGCGAUCGAAUUUCUCCUUUCCACCGAGAAUAAGUCACCGCGGGAAACUCCCACAGUCAAAGAAAAUGGAGAAAAGGAGAAGGAACCACUCUGUCAGGCUUUCUUUUAUCAUCUCAUUGGAAAUUCCGAGGAUUCCACCAUGGCAUUUUGGAAGGGCCAAUUUGCAAACUUUGACACGGAGUAUUUUCCUCCACUUAAGGGCCAGACUAAACAAAGCCAAAACGAACACAAUUUCUGCUUCCGUGUCAAAGGGCUGAAUACUGCAAACGAUAAUUUCACAGCCAUGACAAAGAUCUGGUCGGCGUGGUCAAUGGUAGCCGCAAGGAAUGCUAGCUCUGUCGAAGCUCUGUUUGGUGGUAACAUUCCAGGUUACCCUCACCCACAAUUGCCAAUCCGUGUAAUACUGGACUGGACAAGCAGCGGAAAUGCUCUUUUGCAAUCGGUUGAGCAGAAAGUCGCAGAAAUUACUCCCUUCGCCCGGACUGGUCUGUCAGUGAUUCGCCGAGCAAGCCAUGAGGCCGGCCUGUCGUGCAGCUUUCAAGCAACGAUCACAGCUGAAAACGAAAGCUCCGCUCGCUCUUUCUCUAUAAUCAAUCAACAGGAGCUUCGGAAACAUGGUGUUGAGAUUAGAUACACAACUAAUAGCAAAGAGGCAUUCAUCAACAUUGGGGUGGGUCUGGAAUCGAUUAGUGAGGAAGGUGCUCGCCGUCUUGGCCAUCAUUUUGAAUAUGCUGUCCGUCAACUGUCCAACCCCGAUAUUCGAGGAAUGGCUCUCCGAGAUAUCAUGCCGAUAAGUCCGCAGGAGUUGGAAACCAUCUGGGCCUGGAACACUCCCCUUCCGGAGCCAGUCCAGAUCUGUAUGCAUGAUUUGAUUGAAUUGAAAGCUUUAUCAAACCCAGAAGCACCAGCAAUUUGCGCUUGGGAUGGUAACUUGACGUACGAGCAGCUGAACAAUUUAGCUACAGUGCUUGCUUAUCACAUUUCAAACAAGGGUGUGGGCCCGGGCAAGUUCGUGCCGCUCCUUUUCGAGAAGUCUAUGUGGAUGCCUGUUGCAAUGCUAGCAGUGAUGAAAGCCGGCGCAGCAGGGGUUGCCAUGGAUAUCACUCAGCCCAAAGAGCGGUUACGGUCUAUUAUGGGACAGAUUAAUCACCAAGUUGUGCUUGCAUCAGCUACCAACUCUGAUUUGGCACUUCAUCUUGGGGCGGAAAAUACUAUUAUCGUUGGCCCCAACCAAUCAUCGCUAGAAAGCCCUAUCACGGAGAUGCAGCACAUUCUGCCCGCACCACACCCGUCCGACGUCCUUUUCGCGGUUUUCACCUCUGGCAGUACUGGAGCUCCCAAGGGUACCAUGAUCACGCACCAAAACUUCAGCACUAUCGUUAAGUAUCAGCAAGGGCUGCUUGGACUGACUGCUAAUUCCCGAGUGUACGAUUUUGCGUCUUAUGCGUUUGAUAUCGCCUGGUGUAAUGUCCUCCAUGCGCUGACAUGUGGCGGUUGCUUGUGCAUUCCUUCGGAGAGCGAUCGAAAGAAUAAUAUUGAGGGAUCCAUAAUCUCGUUGCACGCAAACUAUGCUCACAUCACGCCAACCUUGCUGCGGCACCUUGACUGGAGCAAGCUUCAGUCAAUCUCUGUGCUGAAUCUCAGCGGCGAAGCCGUAUUGCCCGGAGACGUAGCUCUGGCAUCUCCAGGAACCAAGGUGAUCAACGCGUAUGGCCCGGCAGAGACCAAUGUUGUCACAAUCCAGGAUCUCAACACACUGCCCGCUAAUGAAGUUUCCAUUGGUCGUGGUGCUGGUGCAAGCACGUGGGUGGUAGAUGUCGAGAACAUUGAUACACUAGUACCAAUUGGAAAUAUUGGUGAACUGUGGAUUGAGGGUCCUUUGGUCGGACAUGGAUACCUCGACGAUCCUGAAAGGACAAGGGCUGCUUUUGUGAACGACCCAGCGUGGCUACUCCGCGGUACAGCUAAAGUCCCUGGUCGCCGAGGCAAGCUUUACCGUACUGGUGACUUGGUUCGUUAUCGCGAUGACGGUACGCUUGCUUACGUCGGGCGAAAAGACACCCAGGUCAAAAUCAGGGGCCAGCGUGUUGAGCUUGGGGAGAUAGAAACCGAAGUGCAUAGAGCCCUUGGUAUAGGCCACGAUAACGCCAGUAGAAAGCCACGAAUUGUUGCAGAGACUAUCAAAGAUCAGCAAACCUCAGCUGUUGUCUUGAUAGUCUUCAUUUCUUUGAGUGAUGCUUCCAAAAUGACGGAGGCAGCUCACGAUGAGGCAGUUCAGAAUGCCACUCGUGGACUGGAAGAGCUUCUUUGCAGCCGACUACCACAUUACAUGGUUCCAAGAGCCUACAUACCCAUUCGUGAAGUUCCUCUCACAUCCACAGGAAAGGCGGACCGGCGGAAGCUCCAGGCUAUUGGGGCUUCGAGACCCUUGCAGGAGCUUGCGUCACGAGCGAAAGCUGACCAAAUUCGACGACAGCCUACCACAGACAACGAGCUACUUAUGCAAAAGCUCUGGGGCAAGGUUCUCGGAAUUUCCGAGACAAGCAUUACUGCAGAUGACAAUUUCUUCAGGAUAGGCGGAGACUCUAUUGGAGCUAUGAAGCUUGUCAGCGCUGCCCGAGAUCACGAGAUUUCUCUCACAGUGACGGACAUUUUCCAAACCCCUGUUCUGCACGAACUGGCUCGUAUGGCCGUCUCCCAUGUCUCAAACCAGCCUGCCACCAUUAAACCAUUCUCAAUGUUGGUUCCUGUGGUAAGCCAAUUGCAAGUUCGUGCUUUAACUGCGUCUUUAUGCAAUAUUCCAGAAAACAAGGUGCUUGAUGUGUAUCCAUGUACGCCGCUUCAAAGAAGCCUUUUUUCUCGCAUGGCGUGUGGAGAAGAGCAUUUCAUGACUAGACAUGCCAUGGAAAUUCACGGUCAUGUUGACCUUGAACGAUUUCGGUACGCAUGGAACCAAGUUGUGUCCAGAAAUCCAAUUAUGCGAACACGCAUUGUCAACAUCCCAGUACAGGGCUAUGUGCAAGUGGUCCUGGAAGACGCGAUCGAAUGGAUGUCAGAUGGGGUUAUUCGCGAUUGCCAGAAUCACUCCGAUAAAAGCCAGAUGGGGCCCGGCAAGCCUUUAGCGAGGUUUGCCAUUGUCAGGUCAGCAGACCACCCUCACGCCAUUUUCUUGUGGGACAUGCACUGGUCUUUGUAUGAUGGAUGGGCACUUCGACUCAUGUUGGCAGAGGCCGAGAAAAUCUACUACGAUCGCGCUCCAACUCCUCUUGAGAAUAUGCUGGCUUUCACCAAAUAUGUCACGGAAAGUGACCAAAAGGCAGCAAUGGCUUUUUGGAGCACUCAAUUUACCCAUUUGGAGUGCGCACACUUUCCAUCGCGCAAGCUACGCAAAUCCCCGUCUCUUAUCAACAACGAAUUGAAAUUUGUAGUUCGGAAUCUGGACUGGAGCAGAACGGAUUUCACGCCAGCAACAAUCAUCCGAUCGGCACUUUCUGUCGCAAUCGCCAAUACACUCGGUUCAAAUGAAGCGCUGUUUGGGGCGACAGUAAUGGGCCGACAAGUCGCAGUACCGGGCAUAGAGCGGAUGGCAGGUCCAGUGUUCAGUACAGUGCCAAUACGCGUUCAGCUUAGUCGAGAAGAAAGCUUCACCGAACUUCUAGAAAAGGUGCAGCGACAAGCAACUGCUAUGGUUCCUUUUGAGCACACGGGCUUGGAGCAGAUCUGCCAAGCAAGUGAUGAUGCUGCAUUGGCUUGCGACUUCCAAGUGCUGCUUGUUGUCCAGUCAGCUAUCAAGAAAGGGGACUUCCGAUAUAGAGACGCAGACACAGAAUUAUUUGUCAAGGGACUUGUGGCAUCAAAGGACGCGAUUGUUGAGUUGGGUCAACGAUCUGGCGAUUAUCCUCUAUAUGUCGAAUGCCAACUUGACCCCUCCGGAAAUGUCUCUCUGCGUUUCUGCUUUGAUUCCAGAAUCUCUGAGGAAGCACAAGUCGAGCGCAUGGCAAACCGGAUGGAAAUCGCGCUUAGACAGCUAUCCGAUCCAGCACGUGGACGAGACAAGUUAAAGUGCAUUUCUCAAUGA